GCGCCAGUGCUAUUUUAGCCAUGCUCAUUUUUAAUGUAUAUCGAGUAAUUAUCUGUACGCCGUGAAGACGAUAGGCAGAUUGGCCGUCCUAUCAAAUUGUCGUUUUUGUUCCUGGAUGCUACACAGGUUUCGGGAGUCACGUCACUGGAACUGGCCAUCUGAUGCACACUGGCAACCGUUUUCAAAAGUACAUGUACAUGCCCAUGCAUUAAAGCACGGCGUCAACAAGAACUUUGUGAGCGCGGUUUGCUGGUGCUGACUGCGGCUUAACAGUAAAUUCAACAAACUGACCAAACUACCUGAGCACAUCUGAAUAAUCGAGAAGUGUGUUGGACUCUAGUGAACGGCCCCGUGCAAGGAAAAUCCUAUGCUUUGGUUUGUACAUAGUGUUGGUUCCAAGUAUGGAGAACACUACGAGUACAGAUGGCACUGGGUGGCCAACGUUAAGCACACAAGAAACUUUCCGAGCGUACAGAUCCUACGGCGAGAGACAAUUGUUCGCAGCGAUGUACAUCACGGCGGCUAUAAUGGGAGUGCUUGGUAACACUUUCGUGAUCCUUGCCGUCGUCUUGUCGAAGAGACUCCGUACGGUCACCAAUGUGUUCGUGGUCAACCUAAGCGUCAGUGACUUAAUCUCUUCGAUCUUCUUGCCCUGGGAGUCGGUUGCCAUAUUGAGCCUGGACGGGUGGCCUCUGCCCCAAGCCUACUGGAUUUGUGUGACUACCAGCGCGAUACUCCAUGUCAGUUACGGCUGUAGUAUCAACAAUCUGGCCCUCAUCGCUGUUAACAGGUGGAUUGGUAUCACCAAAUCGGGCUCAACCGCCAGACGCAUCUACACCCGCCGAAACAUCGCCUGCAUGGUUAUCUUUUCUUGGGCGUUUCCCCUUGUCAUCAUCUCCAUAGCUCUCUUGACCGACUACGGUGAGCAUGGGUACGAACCUGUCUACAGUGCUUGCGGCUGGGUCAAGGCCAACCCCUACACAACUCUGCUUGCCGUGAUAUUUAGUGUCUGUUUUUUCCCCAUACAGCUCUGUGUCAUCAUAUGCUGCUACUUCUCGAUUUAUCGCUAUGUACUCAAGACCUCUCGACGGAUGACCGCGUACGAUGCCCCCACCGUCUCGGGCUCGAUCGGUGGUUCGAAUCGCGCCAAACAGCAGAGCCAGUGGAAGAGGAAGAUAGCGGUCACCAAGAAUCUCGCGUACAUCGUCCUAGCCUAUGUCAUCUGCCAGUGUCCGUACUUUCUUGCCGUCACUCAGCAAGGGUACGAGUGGGGGAUGCGCUUGACCAUGUACUCUAUCGCAAUCUUGUACUGCAACAUAUGGAUCAAUCCUGUCAUUUACGCCACGUCCCAUCCUCACUUUAAGGAAGCGUUUAGCGCCAUGGUUGGUUGUAAAUGGCAAAAUAUUUCCCGAAGUCGUGCACAUUCUCAGAGGACAGUCAGCACCUCAACUUCGACGAGACAGAACGGUCGCGAAGUCACACCAGUUGAAUAAAGUGUGAGACGUGCCACUGCUGGGAAUGUUUGACACAGGACCUGCUCAUGAUGUUACAGAUCACGGCUGCCUGAAGCUAUUCGCUGAGUAGGAAGCGAAAACACAGUGAUUUUCUUGAUAUUUUCAAAGUGUGUUUAACUGUGGUGGCUAAAAUUGUUGUAAUGUCAUUAUUUCAUCUUUACUUUGGAACCCAAUUUGAUCAGACCAAGACAACAAAAGAUAACAAGGUCUUGUCGGCACAUUCCCCAGGCAGUAGCAUCCCAGGGGUUAAAUGGCUUUCACGGGGCAGCUUAAUAGGCUCUGGUUUGGUGCUAGUCGCUUCACAGCCGCCAUAAAAAACAAGGCAACGUGGACUCCAACCUCUGCUCGUGUGGAUAAUUCCAGACACUUGGACAUGUAUUGACUUGGCGUGACAUGAAAGGGUCUCUAACUCCCUCCUUCUAUCCUAAAUGGACACCCCAAACACUGACAUGUCACCAUUUUUGAAUGAUGUGGCUGACAAGGCCGGUUCUUACUUUUUCGCUUUUGCUUUUACGGCUUUAUUCGCUUUUGAUCGGCUUUUAAAGAGAGCUACAGUGCCUUCAGUAACUGAAACGAAAGUAUCCCCAGCAGUAUCCGUUGGACUAGUCACUGCCAGUUUGUCUCUCUUAUAGUCUUGCCACAGUCAUUUGCCAAAAGGCCACAUAACUGUUCCAGCAACUCGAUUAGGAAAAAUCAGCGGACGUGCAAAUGCGCAUGCAUGCACUUUGUUAUUACGAUCGAUAUAUUACAAUAUAUAGUCUAUGGAAAUGUUUGCUAAAAGUGCCAUUUGAGGUUAAACUAGUAUUGCAUUUUUGUGUCGAUCCUAUUUUAGCCCUGUUUCCUUGUUGCAUUCGAACAUGAACCUAGGAGUAUUCGUCAUCAUAGAGAUAGGGUUUCAAAAUGAAGAUAAGUUUGUACCUGAGAGAUAAAAGAGAACUUUCUACGACAAGAGUGGAAAUUUGUGUCGUUAAGGCAAGUGACAAUUAAUACACCCAAUUUUGGACAACUGAAUUGAGGGGAAGAUUGAUCAGGGUCUAAGUUGAUUGAUCUCAAAUUAUUUGGCUGUGUUGUUUAGUGAACGGUAACUGCAAUGGUUAUACAUAUAGUUUAUUGUUGAGCGAAUAAUUGUCAUAAAUGACACCAACACUUUAAGACUUCAGAAGUGUCUAAUGUUCUACUCAAGCGCAAUUACAUCUCAGAGGUAGAGGUGAUAACUUUGACAGAAACUGCUAGAGAGUGGAAAACCUUGGAAUUACACUAUCAAUUUCAGCACCAUG